AUGCCUUCCGCGACAACAGACUGGCACGAAGGCGAAAUUGCCAUGCAUGAGCAACUAAAGGUUCCCAAGCUGGAGAACCCCACGUUUCCUGGUUUGGCAGACCGUUAUGGGGUGCGGGUGAUGCAUUCUCCUUUGGUCGCUUUGGGGACCCUGGAUGACAAGGGCCGUCCGUGGACCACCAUCUGGGGCGGAGAACGUGGUUUUGCAAGACCAGUCGCUCAAGACGUUCUCGCAUUGAACAGCUCGGUUGAUACACGUUAUGAUCCUGUUUUCAGAGCUCUUUGGGAUGGUAUCGACGAGGAGGGUGUGAAGCAAGGUGCCAUCAACAGGCCCAAUGACGGUGAUGGAAAGGAAAUGUCUGGGUUGGCUAUAGACCUUGAAACAAGAGAUCGAGUCAAAUUAGCAGGGAGGAUGGUUGCUGGUGCUACUGUCGAUGACGGCAAGACUGUCCAGCUAGCCAUGGCCGUGACUGAGAGUCUGGGCAAUUGUCCCAAGUACCUCAACAAGAAGGAUAUCGUCCCUCAUACCAUGGAUCCAGAACUCGUUUCCGAAAAGCUUCCUUUGCUUCAAGAAGCUUUGGAUAUAGUUGCAGCGGCGGACAUGUUAUUCUUGUCGAGCACAAAUGGGAACGCCAUGGAUACUAACCAUCGUGGAGGGAGUCCGGGUUUCAUACGAGUUAUCAAGAAUGAAGAAGAUGGGGUCGAGCUUAUAUAUCCAGAGUGCAAAUUAUACCAGACAUUAGGCAACUUCAAGGUAAAUCCUCGAGUUGGUGUUGCAAUUCCUGAUUACAACACUGCCAAUGUUCUCUACCUUACUGGUACCGCAUCUGUACUUGUAGGCGAAGAAGCCUCUUCUUUGCUUGCAAGGACAAAACUGGCUGUCAAGAUAUCAGUCACCUCUGCCAAGUUUGUCAAGUCUGGGCUUCCUUUUCGAGGCUCCCAGGGCGAAUACUCCCCUUAUAACCCACCUGUUCGACACCUACUUUCAGAACAUGAUGCGCAUCUUGGUGCUGAGAACGCAAACUCUGUAACGGCAACCCUAAAAGGUCGGGAAAUUAUCACCCCCUCUAUCGAUCGGUUCACCUUUGUGCUAUCCUCUCGACAGCCUGUCACAAACUGGCACGCCGGGCAGUACAUCACGUUGGAUUUUGAACCAGAAUUAUCGAAUGGCUAUAGCCACAUGGCAGAUCAUGACCCCCAGAGCAUCAAUGAUGACUUUGUGCGAACGUUUACUGUUUCAAGUCCACCAGAGAACAGCAAAGAGUUACAGAUUACGACAAGGCGACAUGGGCCAGUGACAAACUUUCUAAGAAAACAUAACCCACGUGUGAUUCUCGAGGUACCAGUUAUUGGCUUCGGCGGUGAAGAAGGAUUCCGUAUCCCUUUAGAGCCGCAGGGCCCUAGAUCAAUCUUCAUCGCGGCAGGUGUAGGUAUCACACCUGUUCUCGCACAAGCACCAGUCAUUCUAAAACACGACGUGCCGUUCACACUCCUCUGGACUCUGCGUUACGAAGACCUACCCCUUGCGAGUGACACAUUCUCCCGUAUUCCUGGACUUGCAAAGUCGACUACUCUCUUCAUCACAGGACAACCUGACAAGGAUAAGGAGACUUUGUUGGACGAAGCGGAGAAGGCCGGUACACGGAUCGUGAAGCGACGAAUAAGCGCGAACGACGUUGAAAGCUUCAAGGGUCAGAGCGCCCGGUUCUUCUUAUGCACUGCUCCUGCAUUGCUGGCUGCGCUUGAGGAGUGGUUGCAUGGGGAGAAGGUUGUGUGGGAGGACUUUGGAUACUGA